GGCUUAGCUCGACCCAGAUUGUUAUCAAGCUUACUUCAAAGGCUUGGCUCCCUAAUAAGAAUUUGUGAUUACGUAACCUGGCCAGCUAAUCGGAACGCCUUGCAGUUGCUUUUCUGUGAUAAACAGUUGAAAAUAAUUAUGACCUUUUUAUGCCUCAAGAGGUGGUGUUGUUUUGUUUGUAAGAGUCGUUUGCGUGUUAAAAAAGGCUACUUACCGAAAUGGCAAAGUUUUUCGCAUUACAGCGCUAUGACUGGGAGGUGAGGAAGUUUGUGUCUUUAACAACUUACAAAAUUGCCUUUUAAGGAAGUUGUUUAAACGCAUUGACCGGAAAGGAAGAUCAACUACAUUCUCAUUGUGUGCCAAUGCCAGUUUUGUUUAAAUAGAACAAAGCUAUUGACUUUAAACGAAAUCCUUUCCUCGAUUUAAGAGAAUGUGACUCAACACGUAAUGAGGAGCAACCUGUUACGGAGCGGAUUUGAGCUGCAGAAGCAAGACCUUGCCUAAUUAAAGCGUUGUUUUUCAUUUUCUUUCGCUUUUCCUCUCAGUUCAGCAGUUAAUUUAGCUUAUGAAAGUAUAGAUGCAACUACUGAAGGGGGACGAUUUACCACCUAUAGUCAUUUUACAUGGCCUGUUUGGAUCAAAAACAAACUGGAGAACACUGGCCAAGUUAUUUAACAGGGAAACUGACAGAAAGGUAGACAACCAACCUCUUUCUGCAUUUUCAAUUUUCCCAGAUCUUUCAUUAUUUUCAAUCACGUUUUAGUUGUUUUGUCAUGUGUCUUCCUGUUUACAUAUUUUUAAAAAUUACAUGGAUUGUACACUUGGCAAUUUCUAUGCUCAUAGUAGACAAUGAAUAAAAAAUUGUAUGAUUGAUAAUUAACUCUGGGAUACAAAAACAUUCAGGUGGACAGUAAAAACACUCUUUAUUGAUAUUCUCUUUGUUAGAGGUUGACGGACACAUGCACCUAUACAGAGAUGUAAAAACAGCCUCCUUGCAGGCAUUCUCUACAUUUAGGGUUUCAUCUGAUAUGAGUAGAAACCCUUUGAUUCACACUGUUUUGUCAGAAGUUGACUGAUGGGCAAGCAGACAGACAGUGAGAAGUUACACAGACAAACAGACAACAGACAAGUCCACUGAUUCUCAUUCUGUUCCCCACAGAUUGAAAACUGAAAGGGAGACUAAAAAAUAUACAUUCAAAGUGACUGAAAGAAAGAACUAUUCCUCAAAUUACAAAUUAUUCAAAAUUAUUAAAAAAAAAAUUCAAAUUAUUCCUUUUUAUAAGAGAUGAUGACAAGAAGGCAGAUGGGUAAACAGCUAUCUAAUCUCAGAAUUUCACACUCUCCUACUACAGGUAGUUACUGUUGAUGCAAGAAAUCAUGGGCAAAGUGAUCAUAGUCCAGACAUGAACUACUUCGAUCAGUCUCUGGAUUUAUGGCAUUUGUUUCAAAAACUGGAACUUUCAAAAGCAAUUUUAAUGGGUCACAGUAUGGGAGGAAAAACUGCCAUGACAUUUGCUCUGUCUCAUCCAGAGUUUGUGGACAGUCUUAUAGUAGUAGACAUGUCACCUACAAAACUGUCUUUAGAUGAAGAUAUUCCACGUUAUCUUGCAACAAAGCGGGCUAUGGAUUUAAAUCUCAUCAAGGAUAAGAAAGAUGCUGAAAAGAUGUUAAUGGAUGUUGUACCUGUAAGUGCAGUACAUUAAAUGUUUGCUUUUGACCCUUCAACUCUCAAGAUCUGAUUCUAAAUUCUCCCCUCUAGCUGCUACACAUUUCCUUGUAAAUUAGUUACAAGAAUUUGGUGUUAUAUAGGAUAAAAAAUUCUCCCUGAUAAGUCUGAGGAUUCUCUUUACCUGUUUGCUAGAUAAUGGAUGCUUAUUAUAAGGAGAAAUUAUGUGCUAAUCACAUCUAGGAGUUAACGGUUAACUUGAAAUGUAGCUCAAACCAUAUGACAAAUUCUAAUUAAAAUUCACUCUUUGAAAUCUUUUCUGAUUGUUGGAUACAGAACGCAUUCUUGAGAUCAUUCUUUCUCACCAACCUUAUAAAAAGUGCAGCUGGUUUUAAGUGGAGAAUUAACCUUGAAGCCUUGGAGAAUAACAUAUCUGAAGUUGCUGGUUUUCCAUCAAAUUUUCCUCACCAACAGUUUGAAGGAAAGACACUUUUUGUUGGUGGAGCUAAAUCAGACUACAUCCAGUAAGUGCAAUCAUUAUGUUCAACAUUGCUCAACCUUGGAGAACAUGUCUCUGUGUAAGCUUGUGAAAUGUAAUUGAAGAUUACAUGCAUGAAAGCCAUUAAUUUUUUAAAUUUACACGUAUGAUAGAUUACAGAUUGAAGAUUUGUAAAUGUGUGCAGUAUUUACAGAUUUUAUUUCUGCAGACUGAUAUUUUUAACAGUUAAAAAAAAUUGACUGUUUGAAGAAAGCCAUCUUGGUUCAUGAAUAGGGAUGCUUUCGCAGGCAUAGAUACUAAAUGAUUAUUUUAUGGAAUCGAAAAUAAACUUAAGAAUAGUCCAGACUGUUUUGUCUUAAAUACUUUAUAAAACACUAGAAAUUUUGUAGUUAUGCUAAAUCAACUAAGUUAAAAUCACUGACAGGUUCUGAUUCAUUUUCAUUUUAUGUAUGUUUUUUAUCAAGAUGUUACCAGCCAGAGAGGAACUUAAAAUAAGAUAUGUACAUUUUAACAACCUGUUACCCAUGUAACUGAAUGGACACAAUCAUCCAGUGUGGUUCUUCCUGUCUGUCAUAUUAAAUGUUAAGAACCUCACAAUAUUAUUUCUUUUUCAGGCUAGAGGAGUUUCCUGCAAUUCGCAAACUGUUUCCCAGAGCAGACAUUAAGUUUAUUCCUGAUAGUGGUCACUGGCCUCAUUCAGAAAAACCAAAAGAAUUUGCACAGACCGUGAUAGAAUUCCUAGAUGAAUGUUUACAGGAUCAUCAUUAGCAUUACUUGAAAGUACUUGUAUGAUCAUGUCACAAAUACCCACAGGAACAAUUGCUUUCAUUUUUUCCUGUAUAUUUACACCUCUUUAGUAAGAGCUUCAAGAUAACAUUCAUAUUUAUGAAAACAUUUUUUUUAAAAUGCAUACAAAGUAUUUUGUUAAAAAAAUAUAUUAUUGCCACUGUAGGCUUAAUUUCAUCUUGGGUGUUUGAUCAAGAAUAUUUAAAUUCAGGUAAUGCAAUGACCAAAAUUAUUUGUGCUUGUUUCCAGUCAGAGUAAUGAGAUAUAAUGUUUUUAUGCAUAUGAAUAAAGCUCAUUUGUCAAAAUCAAUUAAUUGUAGUUGAACAUGUAUUAGCAAAGGCAGAACUCAAACCUGUCUAAUCCAAAAAGGUGAAAAUUACCAUUUAUCUGCCAAAUAAUUCUCCAUUGCUGUCAACGAUUCUGGAAUAAAUAUGAUAAAAGUUUGAAGUAGGGGUAGGUCAAUUUUCAUGAGACUGGUGACUAAUUAAUGGUCACUGUAAAGAGUUUUUAGAGCUGACAUUUUAUGCAUUAGCCCUUUGUCAGGAAUUAGCUUACAAUCUCUCAAUAAAUUUGACUACACAAUUCAAGACAGCAAUUAGGAGCCAUCAAGCUUGAUCCAAUUGAUUUGGGUUUGCUGUUAGAAAAAGGAUAAACAGCCC